AUGGCCCUGUGGAUGCGCCUCGUGCCCCUGCUGGCCCUGCUGGCCCUCUGGGCGCCCACCCCUGCCCGGGCCUUCGUCAACCAGCACCUGUGCGGCUCCCACCUGGUGGAGGCACUGUACCUGGUGUGCGGGGAGCGCGGCUUCUUCUACACGCCCAAGGCCCGCCGGGAGGUGGAGGGCCCGCAGGCCUCAGCCUCGUCCCCCUCCUCCUCCACCUCUGCGUCAAGCCGGCUGGAGGGUCUGGGCAGCACAGCCAGAGCACCCCCUGCUUUGGCGGCGACUGCUAAUAUUGGCCCGGCCAGCGGAUCAUCAGCCGGGCAGUUUCGGCAGAGAGCCUGGGGCACCAGCGACUCCCCAGUCCUCUUUAUUCACCGCCCGGGAGCUUCGGGGACUACGCAGCGACUAGAGUACAGGGGCCGAAGAGUCACCACUGAGCUUGAGGAAGAGGAGGUGGACUCCGGCUCCCAGCCCCAAGGCCCCACAUCUCCUCCGGGUCAGCUCCCUGCCCAGGCUGUCCCCCGGCCUGAGCUGCAGCAGGCCAGAGCCACCCGAGGCCCCAGCCCGGAGGUCAGCUGCUGCGGCCUGUGGCCCAGGCGAUCCCCACCCGCUCAGAACUGA